UAGUUAUCUUCACCAGUUAUCUUCACCAGUUAUCUUAGUUAUCUUCACCAGUUAUCUUCACUAGUUAUCUUCGCCAGUUAUCUUCACCAGCCAGUUAUCUUAGCUAGUUAUCGUCACCAGUUAUCUUCACCAGUUAUCUUCACUAGUUAUUUUCACCAGUUAUCUUAGUUAUCUUCACCAGUUAUCUUCACCAGUUAUCUUAGCUAGUUAUCUUCGCCAGUUAUCUUCGCCAGUUAUCUUCACCAGCCCGCCUGCCAAGCCGCUCAUUCAUUCCGGCAGCCCGCGACGCCGGUCAUCUCGCCAGCCCGCUGGUGACCUGGCGCAGUGUUCGUCUCGUCAGACACUCAGCCAGUCAGAUCUCAUCCUGUCGCUGUUGUAGUUACCUCCACAGUACAGAGAGAGAGAUUAUUGUAGUUACCUCCACAGUACAGAGAGAGAGAUUAUUGUAGUUACCUCCACAGUACAGAGAGAGAAGAGAGAUUAUUUAGAGACACUAAUCCAGCCACAAGACAUCAACACACCACGCCUGCAAGCAAUGGAAACCAUCUCCGUCUUAGAGGGAGCCAACGGGAAGAUGGAAGACAAGCUGAGACAAGCCAAGGAGCGCCGCGAGGAGCAGGAGAAGUUGCUGGCCGCCCGGGAGCGAGCGUGGCAGGAGCGGGAGGAGCGCGCUCGCCUGCACCAGGAGCAGCAGAGGGACGAGCGUAGGCGGCGCGUCGAGCAGCAGAGGGAGCGCGACGAGAAGCGGCGCGCGGCGGCCGACGAGAAACGGCGGCACCUGACCACGGUGGAGCAGGUGCAGCCGAUCAUCCAGCGGUCAUUGGAGAGACGCGGAAGUUUGGACACACGGCGCAAACGCUGGUCCUGGGGAGGGAGCAGCUCCGUGGUCGCCACUCCUAACUCGCCCGUGCAAGAAGGAGGGAGAUCCCUGGCCUCAAACAUGAGCCAACCUAAGCCCGGGGAUUCUUUCAUCAACAGAAGAUUCUCAGCCUCUUCCGCAGGCAUCUGUGGGUCACCUGACAGAGCACCAUCUUCGUUUGAACGCCAGCCUUCCGACCUUAAUGUUGUUAGUCGGUUGAUGGCCCCAACGCGUUCAUCUUUAGCACGCAGCCGGAGCUGUGCUGUCCUCUCCCUGACCGGGCUGGCAUCCGGAGGUCGUGUUGGGUCUUCGGGAGGCCCGGUUAUUCCUCCGAACCGCCCCUUGCGGAGCCGGAGUGGAGACAGACUGAGCAAGGACUCUUCAGACAAUGGCUCUAGCCAGGACUUAGAGACGAGCUCUAGGAGUCAGGAGACGCUUCCGGCCAUGAGACGCGAAGCGGCGCACUCAAAGCGCUCCCCUUCCCCGGCCACCGAGGCCAACGACAAAACCCCGACCUCGCCUGCGGGCGGCAUGGCCAGGCUGCCCUCUCCGGCGAAAUCGUCUCCCGCGCGACGCCGCAGGACGUCCCCCGGCAACGCGACCCCCCAGUCGCCCUCUCGCCAUCGCCCGCCGUCGCCCAGCAACCCGCGGCAGGCGCGGCGAUCGGGCGAGCGGACGAAGGAGCGAGCGACCACGCCGGGAGACGUCAAGUCGCCCGGCACGCCUGAGAAGAAGCUGCCGCGCGGAGCCAAACCCAAGGACAAGGAGGCCUCCGAGGCCCCGGCUGAACAGGCGAACGCCGGUGAUAGCCGCGCUGGCACCAGUAAUGCAGAGGAAGCCACGAGGCUGCUGGGAGAGAAGAGACGCCAGGCUCGGGAGCAGCGCGAGAGGGAGGAGGUGGAGCGUCGCGUCAGAGAGGAGAACGAGCGGCUCAUGAGAGAGGAGCUGGCUCGCCGGAAGGCGGAGGAGCGGCUGCGGCGGCAGGAGGAGGCGCGCCGCGCGGAGGAGCAGCGGGCGAGGGACGCGGCCGAGAGGGAGGCCCGCGCCGUGGUGGAGCGGCUGCAGCACGAGCGCGACGAGCACAACAAGCUCGUCGACCUGCAGCGGCAGAGAGAGGAGGCUGAGGCGCGGGCUCUGGAGGAGGCGGAGCGGCAGCGUCAGGAGCGCGAGAAGGUUUUCCAGCGGGAGGAGCAGGAGCGACAGGAGAGGAAGAAGCGCUUGGAACAAAUCAUGAGCAGGACCCGCAAGCCGUACAAAGCGGACGUGGGGAAGUUAUGCUUCCUCUCGUUGCAGUCUGUGCUGGAACCCAUCGUUGCCGUUGAAGAAUCACAGAACAAGGGCCUGGAUUUUAUUUCGGAGGAUGGUAGUGAACAAACAGAAGAUUUCGCAGCUGAGGAGGACAAAGAGGAGGAGGAGGAGGCCCUGUUGGGCGGAAGCCCCGACGGGUGUGAGAGUGGAGGAGGGGACGACGCCCUGGGGUCGGCGCUGGCAGCGGACGACGGGAGUCUGGCGGAGAAAGAGGGGAACGCGCCGGGGAAGGUUCCUGGGCACAUCCUCUCAGCGGUCGCGGAGGCUUUCGACGAGGUGCAGUCGAUGGACGUAAGCCCUGUCUCUAAGGAUGACGGCUUGUCGGGGCCCGACUUCUCCCCCCUCUACGAGCCCGGCCCGGCACUGACGGGCGUCCCGGGGUGCGACGAAGACGACCUCCUCUCCUCCCGCGGGGACGGCGACGGCGCCGAGGACCAGGACGACGCGGGCGACGGCGGCGACGACGGCGGCGGGAGCCCGCUGGGACGCCGCCGCCGCCCCCCGCCCGCGUCCCUCGCCGCCGACUUCGGCCCGCCGGCCGCACACCGCGCGGACGACAUGUCCAACAGCAACGUCGUCCCCGCGUCUGUGAUCGUGUCCGCUGUGUCCUCCUCCGACAUCUGUCCGAGUAUUCCCAGCGUGGGAAACGGAUCCUUGCUCGAGCUUUAGGUCCCGUAGGGCGCGCGGAGGAUAGGCCGCCACCUGUCCCGGUGUUACCCGGGACCGCUCUUACAGCCUCAUCGCCCCUAUCACCAUCUGGCUCUUUCAAUCUUCUCUUCCCCAUGGUCACCAAGCUCUUGAGUGCUGCCACUCCAGUGCCUGUCUCAGCGAUCUGACCUGCUCCACCCUGCACCCAUGAUAACCGACAGCACCAUCAUUGGUGACUCAGGCUGGAGAGUUCCUAUUUAUGGAACGGAGUCCUAGAGUAAUAUGGCUGAACACAUUGACGCUGCUUCUGACAUCUUGCAUCUGAGGCUGGCUGUAAGCUUCUCGCCACCAGUAGAGAAAUAAUUGCCAUCAAAUCUGUAAUAAAUAUAAUGCUCUUGUUGUUUUACCCAUGCUUUAAGCAAACUAUUUCUACAAGCAUGGAAAUUCAGAGUUUGUUUUUAAAUAGCCGUCAAAUGUUCUUUAACGCAGCGCUCGAAUUACAGUGUGAGCAACAGCGUCGGCCUACGUCAGACGGGGGCAUCAAUUCCACCGCUGUUUUAAUUGACCUAUAAAUUGACGAGUGGUGGUGGUGGUGAUGCGAUCUUGACUGCUUCAUAGCUGCUUUGGAAUCGAUAAGAGUGAGCGGAUCUGCAAUGAGCCACUGUGGGGAAUAUUCAGUACGGGUGAUGGGGAAGUGAAUGCCUCUCCUACCCGUGGGUAUUGCAGAGCAGCGUUUUGAACCCGGAGGGCCACGGCAAGAGUCUCCGUGGGCCUCAUGUGGCCCGCCAAGUUUCUCACAGCCCCCGCUGAGAGGUCCGGCUCACGGAGACAUCAAGAGAUGAGUGAUGUCUGAGAUGUCGACGAGAGAUACAGAAAUAAACGGAGGUGAACAAGGUAGAGCCGUGAGAGAGCUGCAGAUGAGAGAUGCAGAUUUAGUGGGCGUCGUGUGUACGGACGUGUUGCGACGUCGCGACGCCCCAGACUUGUGUCACGUGACUUCGCAUGAAUCGCUCGCACACGCCGAAUUCUGUUCCAGAGCCCAUCAGAAAGUGUAGUUGAAAAACGUUGCUGUGUAGGACCGACUACAUAGGCAUGCGACCAGUUCACCACCUGCACUUUUCCACGAGAUUCUCCGUGAAUUGUCGCAGGUCAAUUUAAGAAUCUCUCGUCUCGUACCGGAUCGUCGAUACCGCCCGUAUCAGGGUCUUCAUUUCUCACCUGAGUGUUUCCCACAUCGCUGGUGAGGCUGGAGUAGGUGGCACUUGACAAAAGUAGUGGUCACGGCCAUUGCGAGAGCUAUAGUCCGCUUGUGGUGUGACGGGCGUGGAAAAUAUCGCCGGCACAUACAGACCCCGGCUAAAGUUAAUCCCUGGCCUGUAGUCUGUCUUAUGUGUUUUCCUUAUAUCUCUACGUGUUACCUAUAUCAUCAUUUGUUCCUUCCGUAUAUCGUGUACCAUUUGUCUCGAUUGUGCCGUUCCAUUGAUGUGCGUAUUUUUUGUUCUUGUUUUUGGUGUCAAUGGUACCGUUUCGAUUGCGCUGCUCGCUUUGUACUCCCAAUGUUGUAAUUUCUACAUCGUUUGUAUCGUCCGCCUCUCGUGCGCCGUUGUGUCCCUCACCGCCUGUGGGCACCGGUGCGGGUGCAGCGCCUUGCACACACUCCGAUAGCAACACCACCCUGGGCUGUCAAUCUUAAGGGCACUGCCCGUGCGUGGGAGUUACCGUUUAGCCACCGUAUGAGUUACUCGAAGAGCCAUCUAGUAAAUAUCGCCUGUAAAUUAUGACAAGUUAAGGGGGGGGGGUUACUGCCAAGUAAUUUGUGUCAAUUGGAUUUAGGGGUCACUACUCGCAUGCGAAUGAGUCACUGUUGCGAUGGCAUCACUGUUGCGAUGGCAUGCGCUUUUAAGCACGUGUGUGAGUGUGUGGGUGUCUGAGACGGCCGUGUGUUAUAUUCACUAGGCGGUGAUCAACCUGGAUGAUGCUUUGGUGUUUUUUCCCAAUAUCCCAAUGCUUUAUUUAAUAGGGAAAAUCAUUCCGAUGUCGGAUGUUGCGUUACUUGGUGUAUAGGCGAUGCAUUUGUGUUGCCUGAGGCAACGGUGGAUAUUCUCCAGGUAGCUGUUCGACUGAAGAAGGCACGUGACUGACAGCCGCCAUGGCGCGGGUUACGCUGGAUGUGAAGCGCCGGGUGUGGAAAUAUUACGUGGGUCUCCAACCCAUACAGACCCGGCUGAAAUUAAUCCCGAAUAUCGCCCCCUAAUACCAAGGAUAUUCUCAAUACAGGCAAAUAAUUAGUACAUACGUACGAAUGGAAGCCCUUUUCCCAAUCCGCUGCUGGAUGAGGGCCUCGUCACGCCAUGUGGGUCGUAAGAAGUUAUAUAACCAUACUUCACCACGAUGGUCAUUGUGGAUUGGUAAAAUUAUUACCAUGAUCGGAAUCCGUGUCUGCUACCCGCUUUUGACGUGUGGUUCAGUAACACGGUUGUUAACAAAAAUGUUUCACGUAAACUGAAAAUUGCUCAAAUCAGCAAGGAAUGCUGCACUCCGAGGACACGCCAAUUGGUUCUCUGUACUCGGUAUUAUAAAGGUAAGAGCGCAGCCCCGCAACAGCUUGCUCACACCACUGCUAGCGAAAAGGACCUCCACUGGAAGAAGCUCUAGAGAGGCCCUCUGGAGCAGACUUGGCCUAUUCUUUCUUUUGCACGCUGGCCAGAUGUCUUGUAAAUGGUUGGGAGUACCCACGCAUUACCCCAGCACGCGCGACCUGGCAAUCGACGAGCCGCGCCGUACACCCGAUUGGCACCGCUGGUUGGGCAGAGCGUGGUGGAGAGGGGUGGAGGGGGGGCAUUUAAGAAACUCACACCGUUGUUUCACCCGCCACGCCGGGAGAUGGAAUCGAACUGGCGACCUCUGGAUCGUAAGUCCAGCGCCUUGCUGCUGCUGCUGCUGCGCUGCUGACCGUGACACCGCGUCGCAGUCGAUAAUGUAAACUUGGAUAAAUACGUAAGCGUUGUUAUCACACAACUCGCUGAAUUCAUUUAUACAACAUAAUUUACGUGCGAAAUAUAGCCACAGAAGUGAAACAUUGUGUCCGUGGCAGUAGGAAAUGUAUGACUGCGCAGUGUGUGUAUGGAUUAUUAUACAGAUAUAGCAUCGUACCUGAAUGAAAUAAAAUGCUUUAAAUGUACUGCUAAAUUAUUAUUACGCAAUAGAUGUUAAGUUAGAAAUAGCAAAUCGUAUAAGCUAACCAAGUACAGCUGUAUAAUCGCAAUGCGAAGUGGAUAUGAUAUUAGGUGACCAUUUAGCUCGUGUGUUAGAUAAUUGAGUAGGCAACGCUGCAGAAAAACUGUGUUCGAGUCCAGGUUUCAGUCAUCGUUAAUUAAACCAGCUUUUCAAUUUGUAGUGAAUUCAUGGUCUCAGCCAGGUUACCAAUGACUUACUGCACAAACACAAAAAAAAUGUCAAAUGUGCUUUGCACUCGGGCAAAUUUCAACCCUGGCAAUUAAACAUUUUGCUUUGAUUGUAUGCCAUGAACGUUUGUAAUCAGUAGGGACCUCAGUAGUAGUUCUGUGUUGUCACCUUCCAGAGGCUGUACUCUAACAACACUGCCUUCAGCAACAAUACUGAAUGGAUAUCUAUCUGCCAAAUUACUUAAUUUCAGUUAGCAAAGUUGGAAUAUAAUCCAGGAAUAGGACAAGUUCAUAUGGCCAUAUGUUCAUGGUAAUGGGACACUGGCGGGUAGUUAAGCGAUUUAUUUUACUGGCUUGUGUAUUUAAUACAUUAUUGCGUUUUCCUGUUUUACUUGAAAUUGAGGGAUUGCUAAAUUGUGAAUACUAAAUGCGUGUGUUAUAUAGAAACAAUUAGACAUGCACAUUGAAUAUUAUUCAGAAAAGAGUUCUAUUUUUAUGAUUUACUGUUGUGCGUACUGCCGCUUAAUGUCAUUUCGUUCCUGUUAUUGUAGGUUAGUUAUUUAAACUUAUUUUAAGUUAAUAUUUAUAUAUGCGAAGUAGUGGUCUUAUCACCCUUACUUAGACAUAAUCAUAAACAAAUGUACCAAUUAACAUCAAUUAUAUAUCUACAAGUCAAAACUAUAUUUGACAUGCCAACAUCGUUAAAUAUAUCAUUCGCCAUAAUUGUUAUCUAAAGUCAACACAUCAUCAACUGAAUCAUCAUCAGCAGCUGUACACAUUAGCAUCACUCGGGCAAUAUUGUUGUUAUGUCAAACGUUUCAGUUAUUAUAAGUUCGUUAUAAAUCUCCUAAGUCGGUUCUAAAUCUUCAUAAGCCAGUUAGAAAAAAAACAUUGAGAAUUGAGGCCUUGACGGCAACUGCCAUAUACAGAUUUUGAUUGCAUGUCAAGUGCCCAGCUUUGAACAUGUGGGUACUUGAGAUCAACUCGAGGUGGCCAGGCAGCUCAGAUGGGGUUAAACCCUCGGUCGUAGACACUGAGCUGAGAACUUGGGUUUGAAUUCUGGUGUUUCAGCUGCCUGUGAUGAAUGAUCCCUGCUGGUCACCAAUGAUUGCACAAAUAAAUUUACACGCACAGCCCUUACGUAAAUCCGCGGUUUGUGCGAGGGCCUCGCCGUGCCGGUCAUUACUUUACUUCCACCACGCUGGUCCGUGCAGUUGGGUGGUGUGGAGCGUAUUUGUGGGAGCAUAGUACGAUGCAGCAGUGGCUCUUGCGGCAUUUCCCUCUGCGUCCCACAAUGUAGCACCGCGCGCGCACAAAACGAAACAAUUUGCCGUAAAAAAAUGUUCGGAUUUUCGAGUCUGCGAAUUCCAGCUUGCGGGGGGAGUCAUGCGGCCAGGGUGGUAAUUUGCCACGGGCCUGGUUGCGGAUCGCUGAACACGAGAGCUUGGCGCGUCACCCCCAGAAGCGGUUCUGUGGUGACCCCCAGAAGCGGUUUUGUGACCCCUGCAGCAUCUGUGACCCCCCCCCCCUCCAUCGCGCUAUUAUGGCAAUUCUGGCAUACGAAUAGAAUUUUAGUGCGUGUCGCGACAGCGUCGAUGCCGAUGGAACAAUUUGAAUACUGUAGCGAUUGGGAGAAUUUUAUCCGUGUGAUCAGAAGCGGUCGGUCGUGACGCUGCCGCGACCCCCCCCCCCCCCCCCACGAUGUCUCGCAUUGAUAUUCGGGGUUGACUGUGAGCACUGCCAUUGAAUUCGUAAUGUUGGCAGGACGCGGCGCGGAAACUAAUUUUGCGUGCCCCCCCCCCCCCCCAAAUGCGGAACAAGUAAACCGCGUACUCCAGACUGUGAGACGCUCUGGAACUUUGGGGACAUUUUGCAAACAAAAAAACCCACGUGUUUUACCAUCUUGGAGAAUUCGGUAUUGCUGGCGAAGAGCCACCACCACCAACGUCUUCCAGAAGAUGAUUAUAGUUGUCUUCUGGAAGGUGGUUCUUGAGAGGCAGCAAGAUGGCUUGGUUGGUCUUCUGCUCACGUACGGCUACGGAGAACGAACGGUCUUCCAGUAGAUGAUUCUGAACAACUGGAUUAAAACACGACAUCUUAAAGGAGAACGUGAUCUUGAUUUGAAGCUUUCGUGACUGCAGGAAUCCACACUCUUUGGUUCUUUCGGUAAAGUCACGUAGGUAAAAAAAUAAAAUAAGUGAUUUAUUAAUUUUAUUUUUCUACCUACGUGACUUUACCGAAAGAACCACAGAGAAUGGAGAACGUCAUCUCUGGAUUGCAAGACACGCACGCAGGUGUUGCUUUCAAAUAGAAGGGGGGGGGGGAAGUGGUGUGUCUAAUACGUUGGACAAUAUCGUAUGUUUAGUGUUGCGAAACUUGAAGAGAUAGAGCAAACUUGGUUACACCGCUAUCGAGACAAUAUAAUUAAUGUGCAUCAAAACUGAGCUUAAAUUGCAUUGAAUGUUUGAAAUGUCAAACUACUGCAAUACAAAUAGCAACAAUUAUAACGUGUGUGUGUGUGUUACAGCUUUGUCCCUUGCUACACUGAAAAAUACGAUUGGGGAAAAGCAUUGCGCAAUAUAGCAAUGCAAUGGAAACCACGUUGUUUACGCAGGUGAUGUGGUUUAAGUCCGUGUGGUUAUGUAUGGAAGGUUGUACGGUCACUUUCCCCAUGUGAAUAAAUAU